AAGAAACCACCUUCAUUCCUGAUAGUACGGUUUACACCUUCCUGGAGGGAGGAACCAGCUUCCUCUCAGGGACCAGCUCAGGUAGAAAGACGGGAGGUCACCCAUUCCUUCCAAAGAAUCCCUGAAGAUGGAAGCCCACACUGCACACUCAGCCCACCAGACAGACCAUCCAAGCCACCUCACUCUUCCUUUCUUUGCAGAAGACCCUGUGAUCAAGAGCUUCUUGGCAGCUGACCUCUCCUUCAGUGUGACUGACAAGUACCUUCUGUCCAUGGUGGUGGAGUACUUUAGCCGAGUAGGGCUGCCUGGACACCUCUACAACAGGAUCCACUUCUUCCUGGCCCUCUACAUCGCCUGUGAUAUGGAAGAGGAUGACUUCACAUCCAAGAGGAAUAUCUUCCCAUUCUUGCUCGGAAAGGACACCUGGAAAAACUUGUACAAGGACUUCCUGAAACUGCAGAAGGCUUUCUUCCAAGCCAUGGGUUACCGAGCCUGGGUCACUCCAGAGUUGUGUGAGGAGAUCCAGAACCAGAACCCACACCACUGGGUGUGGAGCCGGGUGCGCCAGGGCACCCCUUAGGUUCCCAGGCCUGGGAACCACUGGCGGGGUCGUGGAGCAAGGGGCUGCACUGGGACAGGUGAGUGGAGAUCCUGGCUAAGGGCUCUGAAAGAGUAGGCAACCUCAACCGUUGGGUCCCUGAGGCUACAUCCAGGGCUGUGUGGACACAGGAGGAAGCACUUCAGAGAGAUAGCAGAGCUUGUCUCCUAUCUUGGCAUUUCCUCUUGCACAGGAACAUAGUAAAGGCUCUGAGCACUGCUGAGGUAAAGAAAGUGUUGAAAUCACAAUUCUCCAGUUGAAUUCAUCACACAAUCCUAGCCUUGUUGUUGUUUUAAAGAAAACUCUCAGAAAUUCUUGUCCAGGUAACAACUUCCACAGUUUGACCAUAGGUGACAUUUUUAAAUGCACCCAUAUGGAAAACACUGAAGUUAUCCUUUUUGGAUAGGAGACUCUCUUCGUAUAGCUUUUGGAAGGGAAGAAGGCAAGCGCCAACAUUUACUCCUAGGUUAUUUUGUGUUUCGCUCUGACACAAAGCAGGCUACACUGAGCUGGGUCCAGGAAGGACAUGAUCCAGGUCUCAUUUUCCAUGGGCAAAAGGAAGCCUGAGGGGUUUGUGGUCUCUGAUACCGUGACAGCAACAGGAACAUAAGGCAGCAAGUGCACAGAGUACUGGGAGAAGUCACAAUGCAAGUCACACUCACAGAAAACCAUCACCCGUCUAGCAUCGCACUCCAAGAUGUGCUUUCUUUCGUUGGAAAUUCCUUUGGUAAUUGGACUUACUUCAGUUAAGGAAAGAUCUCUAAUGAAAUGCUUAAGCAUCUCUUGCCUGGGCAAGUGGUUGUGCUAAAACAAUCCUGUAAGUCUUCUUCCAUGCUGAAGUGUGUGAUGAGCCUUGUCUGUUCUGGGGAAAAGGAGAGUUGGGGAAGAUGAAUUCAGAACUAUGUCUUAUAGGAUUGGCUCAGUUUGAAAGAAGGUAUAAUUCAACUGCAGGCUUUUUGCUGGAU